UUGGCGGACUCUUUCGACUUUCUGCCUUUGUUGUCUGUUCAAGUAGAAAUAGUAACAAUACUACGUGUUUGAAUGUUUUGGUUCCCUUUUAUAAUCGGCAGGGAGAAACUUUUAAGAUGUAUCCACUCACGAAGGAGCUGGCUGAAGUUUUUGCGGAGGACUCUGAGAACGAUGAAACGUUUUAUGGUUUUGGUGAGGAAGAACUGAGCGACCAAAGCCAUCAGAAUACUGACAUGCAAGGUGAAGAUCAAGACAAUGCCUCCACGCAGCAGAAAUCCACGUCCAAAGCCUUCAGGCUGAGGGUGGCGUUCCGCUCGGUUCCGUUAGUCCCAAAAGCCACUGAUGAUGAUGAUGAUGAUGAUGAAGAGGAUGAGACGAGAGGGUCCGAUGAGGCUGAGGAUGUGUCUGACUCUUUUAUGGCCAAGAGAGAACAAAACAUCAGAGCCAACAAGGCAAUGCUGGCCCAGCUAAUGGCGGACCUGCAGAAGAUGCCUGGAGGUGUUGGUUUCCUGAAAAAACAAGAAGGAAAGCAGCCCAAGGAGAGAAACUCUCAGCGCACACCCCGGUCGGGAAAGGAGCCCAGGAAGAACCCAGAGAGGGCGGCCCGCAGACAGACCCGCUCCAUGGGAAGAUGCGAGGAACUCCCUGGCCCCCAGGAGGCGGAUAUGGAGCUCAGCUUGGAGGAGGAGCUUCUGGAGGUCCGUCGAGCCCCACAGAGACGUGGCACCCCGCGACCCAGUCAGAGCAAGCCUCACAUCAUCAGGCCUGUGGAGGAAAUCACAGACGACGAGCUUCAGCUGGUGGCUGAUAACAUGACGGAGAAGGUCUACAACAGAGUGACUGGCUCCACAUGUCACCAGUGUCGACAGAAAACGGUUGACACAAAGACCUGCUGCCGAAACGAGGAGUGCCGGGGCAUCCAGGGUCAGUUCUGCGGGCCUUGCCUGAGGAACCGAUACGGGGAGGACGUCAGGAAGGCCCUGCUUGAGCCGGAGUGGCAUUGCCCUCCCUGCCGAGGCAUUUGCAACUGCAGCUUCUGCCGCCAGCGAGAAGGCCGCUGCCCCACUGGGAUUCUGUUCCCUCUGGCACAGUACCAUGGCUUCUUAGACGUCCACUCAUACCUCAGCAGCCUCCGCAACAAGCUGAAGAGUGACGGCGUUGAUGUAGAGAUGUGAGGCUGAGAUGAGUUACUGUGUGAUUUUUAACAAAUAAAGAUAUUUUUGGACAAUUUCCAUGGGACGCUUUUUCAGAAUGCUAAAGACCGGACUUAUCUUUGUAUACAAGUAUAAUGUCCACA